UCCUCCCGACUUUCCUUGCGCCCCCGCCCUCCCCUGGCAGGCCCAGGCUUUACUCGCUUCCCUGCUGCCUGGUCCUGCUCCACUUGGCCGUGGGAGUAGGAGGCUCGGCGGGCCUUGAUGGGGAAGAAGUCGCGGGCGGUGCCGGCGGGUCGGCGGCCUAUCCUGCAGCUGUCACCGCCGGGGCCUCGUGGCGGCCGGGAAGAAGCGGCGCCAGGCGACGGGGAUUCGGCUUCGGAAGCGGAUGAAUUGGAGGCAACAGAAGAAGCACAAAGAACAGCUCCAAACACAGCCCAUUGUAGCAUGCCAGUUGGGCCUGUGGCAGUCAAACCAACAGGUGGCUUAUGUUUGCUUGGUGCUUAUGCAGACAGUGAUGAAGAAGACAAUGAGAUGUCUGUGAAAUCACAGCCUGCAGGUGCAAACAGCAAUAAUUCGACAGACAUUGACAGCACUCUGGCAAACUUCCUAGCGGAAAUAGAUGCAAUUACAGCUCCUUCCCAGCCUUCUGAAACUGUUGUUUCCUCUGCUGCUCCACCUCCAACCCCUCCACGCCCAGAGCCAAAGGAAUCUGUCACCAAUCAAAUUUUAUCAACUACAAAUGGAACAGAUCAAGCUACAGAAUGGCAGUAUGACACUCAGUGCUCGCUGGCAGGAGUGGGAGUUGAGAUGGGAGAUUGGCAGGAAGUCUGGGAAGAAAAUACGGGGUGCUAUUAUUACUGGAAUACUCAGAGCAAUGAGGUCACUUGGGAACUCCCCCAGGACCUGGCAACACAAGUUCAAGGUCUCCAGCAUUACCAUCAUGGUUCUGUAACAGAAGCCGAUGAAAACUAUCUGGUGGCUGCAGACCUAAGUUCCCAGAGUAAAAGUGUUGUUGGUGGUGCUGCUGUUGCUGGCAGUGCUGGACGCAAGGCAAUUCCCUUUAAGCAUGAGCUGAAGAAGGAAGUAAAUGAAGGUAUCCAAGCUCUUUCAAGCAACGAAGAAGAGAAAAAGGGAGUGGCUGCAUCACUGCUGGCUCCGUUACUUCCUGAGGUGGUAAAGGAAGAAGAAGAGCGGUGGAGGAGGAAGGUGAUCUGUAAGGAGGAGCUGGAGCCCUUGAUGGAAGGGGAUGCCACAGUAGAGCAAAUAGGACCUGUGGUUGAGCAGCUGGAAGGCAAUAGAGAUAUUGGAGAUGAUCCUUCUCAGGAGGACUUGUGCAGUGUGGUGCAGUCAGAGGAAAGUGCAGAAGAGGAGGAAGAGCAGGACACUCUUGAGCUGGAGAUGGUCUUGGAAAGAAAGAAGGCAGAACUGCGGGCUUUGGAAGAAGGUGAUGGAAGUAUUUCAGGCUCUAGUCCCCUUUCUGAGGGGAGUCAAUCGGAUUUAGCACGACGGUUGCUGCCGAAGCAAGGGAAAUGGAAGCUAUUUGGGGUUGCCAGCCCAGAAUCCACCAGCCGAGGGUCAAGCAAAACAGGACAGGAGAGUCCUGAACUUGGGGAAACAGUGGUGAAGGAAGAGACAGAAGUUGCUGAUGAGAACUCAGGCAAUGAGUUGGACACAGAAGAAUUACAAGAAAAAGUGAAAACACAAGGAUCUGUCAAGGUGGAAGAUGAAGACCAGGACUUAAAGUUUCAGAUUGGAGAGCUGGCCAACAUGUUGAUAAGCAAGCUUGAGUUCUUGGGCAUCAGUAGACAAUCCAUCUCUAACUUCCACAUGCUACUGUUGCAGACUGAGACUCGUAUUGCAGAUUGGCGGGAAGGAGCUCUCCAAGGAAACUACCUCAAACGCAAAUUGCAAGAUGCAGCGGAACAACUAAAACAGUAUGAAAUAAACGCCGCCCCUAAAGGCUGGUCCUGCCACUGGGACAGGGACCAUAGGCGCUAUUUCUAUGUUAACGAGCAAACUGGCGAAUCCCAAUGGGAGUUCCCAGAUGGGGAAGAAGAAGAGGAGGGGCAAAACAUUGAGAAUAAAGCAGAGGCUAAACAAGGACUGAAGGAGAAAAUGGAGUCUGGUGUGGAAUCUACUGAUCACACAACAGGUUCUCUUGGUAAAGACCCUGGUCAUGCUGCAGCUGCCUCUCUCGUGCCUCUUAGUCCAUUCUGGACUGUUCUUCAGCCCUCCGUCCCUGUACUUCAACCCCCUUUACCCUUGGAAAUGCCGCCCCCACCGCCCCCACCACCAGAGUCACCGCCUCCUCCACCACCUCCACCACCUGGAGAAGAUGGGGAAAUACAAGAAGUAGAAAUGGAGGAUGAGGGUGACGAGGAGCCACCAGCACCAGGAACAGAGGAAGAUGGUAUUCUGCAGCCUCUUCUCCGACCAGCAGUUGCCAACAGUCAGAGCAACUCUGAGACCAGUACAGCCACACCUCUGGUGGAGAAACCUUUAAAAAGGAAAGCCUCUGAAGUGAGUGCAGGAUUGGUGCAACGAGCAGCAACUAUUGGAAGCUGUCCAGUGCUCUAUGGCCAGCCUGUCCUAGGUGCAGGCCCUCAAACUCCAGGGAUGAGCUUGCAGCAGUGUUACCUUGGAGUAACACAGCCAGCACUCAUGAACUAUUCAGAAUGUAGUGUCUCCAUUGGACUUUCUGCUAGCACCACACAGCCAGUUCCUUCUCGAGGGGUCCCACCUGUCACUAGCACUACAGAGCCGUUGCCUCCACUGCCGCCGCCGCCGCCGCCGCCACCACCACCUCUCUCACCACCUCCACAUGCUCCCAAAACACUUCCUCCAGAGAAGUCAAAAAAACUCAGGCGAGGUGGCAAGAGAAAAAAGAUCAAGACAAAGAUGCCAUCUUUAGUAAAGAAGUGGCAGAGCAUUCAGCGGGAAUUAGAUGAGGAGGAGAACUCUAGUUCCAGUGAUGAGGAUCGGGAUGUGAUAUCACAAAAGCGAAUCGAGGAAUGGAAACAGCAACAGUUAGUCAGUGGCAUGGCAGAGAGAAAUGCUAAUUUUGAAGCACUGCCUGAGGACUGGCGAGCUCGGCUCAAGAGGAGGAAAGUCACUUCGACCACAUGAGUCAUCUUUAUCCGUUUUUUAAAGCCACACAUGUACAGUUCAUAUCAAAAUGUUUUACUGUUGUAAGAUAAAAUGUACCUUUUAGAAAAUACAUGCAUUUCAGUUGAAUGACCUUACAGAGAUCACAUGGAUUCGGAAAUUCUUUUGAAGGUAUUUAUGGCAAGUCAGCAUCUGAAAUAAUGUGUUAGGAGACUCCUACAAAUCCCACCUCAAACAAAGCUGGAAUACUGUUUCCACUCUGCCUUGCUAAGUUAAAGUGUUUCAUCUAACUCCUGUCUGCAAAAUGUCCAACUGUAAUUGCCAUUUUCAGUAUCCACAGGUUGUUAUUACAGAAUAGGCAAAUGAGGGAUACAUAUUCUUUUUUCAUAGCUGCAGAAUAUGUCCAAUUCCCGAUUUUUGCCAGCACCUUGGUUUUGGGCACCAUUAUUCUUUGUUGGUGAUUGUUAACGCAGAUAAUGAACUCUUGUUCCUGUCAUUAUUUGUGGAAGUCCUAUUUUUCUUGAGCAUUUUCACUUGUAGCAUUGUAACAGAACAACCUGCUCUUUAUAGAUUUGAUGUCGUAGCCUGCUAAUUGUUCCAUUGAUGUGGCUGCAGUUAGUAGCCAGUCAGGUGGGUAGGAACUCACUAUGAAUCCUACCACUCCUGAGCACAGACUGAAGGGGAGACUGUGCUCCUGCCUUUUCUGGUAAGCAUGGUGAGGCAGCGGCACGGGUAACUGUGUCAACGGUCUGUAAAUGUGCAGUUGCUGACUUGCCCACUGUUGUUGUGAACAUGCAGCCUGUACUGGAUGCUGUCAGUCAGGAGCCAUGCCACCUGCAUGGUUCUUGCCCCAUCUGUCUUGUCUUGCUUUGCCUACCAGUAAAAAUGGUACCCUCUCCCCUCUGGUCACUAUUCUGACAUUAUAUCCAAUCUCACAACCCAUUCUUUAGAUCAGGGGUCUGCAACCUGCAGCUCUCCAGAUGUUUAUGGACUACAAUUCCCAUCAGCCCCUGCCGGCAUGGCCAAUUGGACAUUUGGAGAGCCGUAGGUUGCAGACCCCUGCUUUAGAUGCUUCUUCUGGUGAGGAGAUGGAGAAAAAAAAAUAUGCCCUAAUCUUCCCUGAUUUCUCCCACUCCCUUUCAAGUUCCAGAAAAGUAGGAUCUUCAACAGCUGAAUAUUUAUCCACCCUGUGAAUGUCUUGAGUUCUUUUCCUUGUUUUGUGUUGUUUUUUAAAAAUCUGAAUCAGGUGAUAAUGAUUUCCUGUAAACUGAAAAAAGGCAGUUUAUUUCUGAAUGCUGUUUGUAUUUCUCUGGUUUCUGGCUUUGUAAAUUUGUACAUACACAUUAAUAAAAUUCCUUUUUAUA